UUUUCUUCCAGUGUUGUUUUUGUUUUUAAAGUGGUCAGAGUUAGUUAUUGGGACAUUUUUACAAUAUAUUCAGUUAAAAGAGGCCCUCACAUGCCGGAAUGAUGUCUUUUGGUCAACUCCAUGGCCUAACGUGUCAGGCGAUUUUGGUGCUAAUGUGCCUGAUUUGCUACGGAUGCGGCGGAUUGAGUGGGGCCAAGUUUGUAUUCGAUGACACGGUGGCCAUUGUGAGGAACAAGGAUGUUAAUUCAUUGCCAACCAAUUUGACUGCGAUAUUUACCAAUGAUUUCUGGGGUGCCUCGUUGCUCAGUGAAGAUUCGCACAAAUCUUUUCGUCCACUGACUACUUUGAUGUUCCAUUAUGAGUACGCUUUAAUGGGUCUCAAUGCGGGACACAUGAAGUUUCUCAAUCUCUUGCUUCAUUGCCUCAAUACUCUAUUGUUGUGGCGUCUCGUGCGUUCGCUGUAUAUUCAAGAGAUAAACACGGAUCGUUGGGCCAUCAUAUCGGCUGCUUUAUUUGCCACACAUCCCAUACACACGGAGGCAGUAUCCGGUGUAGUGGGACGGGCAGAGCUAAUGUUCGGAUUGAUUCAUUUGCUUUGUCUACUGCUGGUAGUGGCCAAUGUGGAGAGACAGAGUUGGACCAGUAUUGCUUUGAUUUUGGCUCUCACCGGCAUUGGCAUGCUAUUCAAGGAGUCAGCCAUAACCAUUCCCAUUUCGUGUGUGUUGCUGGACUAUUUUCAAAAUGGCUAUUACAUGUUGCCAUUUCGGGAUCAGGAGAGGAUUCUGCGCACUCGCUUGAGCUACCUGGUAUGCGUGGCGGGUACAGCGUCACUGCUAUUGGCUCGCCUCUGGUGGCAGAACUUUGAAGCGCCCCAAUUCAAAGAGGUGGACAAUCCUAUAGCCCACAACGAGCAUAUUCUGACACGAGUGCUAUCCCAGCAAUAUCUACUGGUCAUGAAUCUCUGGCUAAUGCUAUGCCCGCAGUGGCUAUGCUAUGACUGGGCCCUCGGAUGUGUGAAGCUUGUUACUAGCAUCUGGGAUCUGCGAUUGCAGGGAGUCAUAGGCUUCUAUUCCAUUCUGUUGGUAGCUCUUAUGCACUUUCGCCGUUUGCCAGGUCUAAUGCUGGGCCUAGGCUUGACGAUUAUUCCCUUUCUGCCUGCAUCGGGGAUAAUUCGAGUUGGAUUCGUCAUUGCCGAAAGGACUCUAUAUGUACCGUCAAUUGGUUUCUGCCUAAUGUCCAUCUAUGGUUUUCUCUAUUGGUAUGAUCAGGGAUUUAACAAAACCCAUUGGUCCACUAUGAUGCAGGGCAUGCUCUUAAUGCUUAUUGCCGUGAUGAUGAUGAGGACUCGUCAGCGCACCAUCGACUGGCUAAACGAGGAGCAACUUUUUAAAUCCGCCCUGCAAGUGUGUCCAGAUAAUGCGAAAGUCCACUACAAUAUUGCUCGACUGGCCACCGAUACGGGCAACAACUCAAAGGCUUUCCACCAUUAUCACAGGGCCAUUGAUCUUUAUCCAGCGUAUGAGUCGGCCCUCAUGAAUCUGGGAAAUCUCUACCGCGAGCAUGGCCAGCUGGAGACUGCUGAGAAGUUUAUACGUUUAGCUUUGGAGGUGUAUCCUGCCUUUCCUGUGGCUUGGAUGAAUCUCGGUAUUGUUCAGUCUGCUCAAAAGAAGUACAGCCAGGCCCUGGCAAGCUACGAAAGAGCCCUUAGUUAUCGCGCCAACUAUGCUGUCUGCUUCUAUAACAUGGGUAACCUCUAUUUGGAACAACAACUUUAUGCCGAAGCUCUGCAUCAUUGGCAGCAUGCGGUGGCUCUUAAUCCGAAACAGCCGAAAGCCUGGGCCAACAUAUUAACCAUGCUAGACAAUCGAGCCCUCUACGAGGAUGCUUUACGGCUCUCGAGUCAAGCUCUAACUCACAUGCCCGACGAGGUAAGCAUUCUUUUCAUACGUGCGAAUGUUUUGGGCAAACAGAAGCAUUACAUGGAAGCAGAGGCUCUCUACAAGCGUGUCAUUCAGCUGGCUCCACACAAUAUGCUCUAUCAUACAAAUCUGGGAGUUCUCUACCAUCGAUGGGACAAACUCCAAGAGGCAAUUGAGGAAUAUCAAACAGCUAUUAGCCUGAAUGCGGCUCGUGCCAUAACUGCAAGAGAAAAUCUGGCCAAGCUUAUAAAACGAUUGGAACGAGAGGCUCAGAUGAAGCAUCAGUAGGAAGAGUCAAAGUCACCUUCACCUGAUUGACAACCUGAAUACACAAGGGAACACUUUGCGGUUGUGUCCAGUAGAUAAAUCGAAGAAAUGAAUUACGAACCCACAAGUCAUUAAAUCGAUCUUAAUCGGUCUUUUAUUUCGCCCUUACAGAUAAAUAUAUCUGUAUAUUAAGAUUCCGAUCUGAUUCUAUCAUAUUUUUAAAUGAGACUUUUUAAAUGUAAGAUAUUUAUUACUAUUUAUGUAUAUGACGUUAGCAGUAUAAGUCUAAGCUCUAAACUAUCAAUAGAAUGAUCUCAUUCUAGGAAUUUCCAGACAUUUUCGAAUUGAAUCUCUCUCAGUGCAUUUCUGACAAAUUAUCUUUAGUUAGACCAAUUAAUGUGAACAAGUUCAUAUCCUAGAUUAUGUUUAGUAUUAAUUAAUUUAUUCAUUUAUUUAU